AUGGAACCCCUUGCCAAUGAGAAGACUACUCCUACUUCUACUACUCCUACUACUAUGACAAUCCAUUCACACUAUUUUCUUUGGAGUUUGCACUCAUGUCUGGAUGCCAUGAUCACCUCCAGCCUGACACUGCUUAGCAAUGCUCUCCUCACUGCAGCAGGAUUGAGCAACAUUAAAGACACACUGAAUCAUUUCUUGUUAUUAGUUUAUGCUACUAUAUACACCCUUAUUGCCUCUCUUCAGAGGAAGACUAAGCAUAGUCAAUACAUUCAAUGCAAGGAAUACAAUGAAGUAUUGAUGGUGCACAGCUACAUCAAAGAAUUGAAGGAGAAGUUCUUGUGUGAAUCCUCCAAGCUUCAAGAUAUCAGCAACACCAUAGUACCAUGA